AUGUCUGACGAUGAAGAUGCUCCACGCACCGCCAAGCGCACGCGGAUCUUCUACGGAAGCCUGGAGGGGCAGGAGAGACAGCGGAUGGGCCGAGAGGCUGGAGGCGGGACUAAAGGAGGAAGUGCUGCCAUCAAGGCCGGCAUCAAGGCUGGAAACAUCAACAUCUCUUCAGGGGAGUUUCUGGAGAUCGAGGACCGCAGUGCCAGCGGGCCGAGUGGGGAGCGGCAGUCCGAUGUGUUGGUGGAGUUUGAGCGCCGCCGUCGCGCGCGCCACCUAGCCAUCUCCACUGAUGACAGCGAGGUCAAAGGUUGCCUGCGGAGGCUUGGCGAGCCAAUCACCCUCUUUGGGGAGGGGCCAGCCGACCGCCGGGAGAGGCUGAGGGCUGUUCUUUCAGUUGUCGGGGGCGACGCCCUCAGCAAGUCCAAAAAGGAUGCGGAGAGCUCUCGACCACGCCCCCAAGAUGAGCGCCAGGAGACUUGGUACCACGAAGGCCCCGCCUCCCUCAAAGAAGCUCGUCUCUGGUUGGCCAAGUUCUCCCUACCCAGAGCUGUAAAGAGGUUGGACGAGGCCCGGAUCCAGAAGGAAGUAUCUGAAUCCGCCCGUACCAUCCGCCAGCAGGAGCUCCACAAGAACCUGCAGAAUCUGAACAACUUCUGCUCUCAGAUCGGAGACGACCGUCCGAUCUCCUACUGUCAGUUCAGCCCUGACUCCAAGAUGCUGGCCACGGGCUCCUGGAGCGGUCUUUGUAAGCUGUGGUCAGUGCCCGACAGCCAGCUGGUCCGGACCCUCAGAGGUCACAACACCAGUGUGGGGGCGGUGGUGUUCAGGCCCGGCUCCACCCUCUCACUGGAGCCGUCCGACGUUAACCUGGCGUCCUGCUCCACCGACGGGGUCGUGAAGCUCUGGAACCUCCAGAGUGACGAGCCAGUGGCCGACAUCGAGGGUCACAUGUCGCGAGUCUCCCGACUCGCCUGGCACCCUUCUGGAAGGUUCCUGGGAACCGCCUGCUAUGACAACUCGUGGCGUCUGUGGGACCUGGAGCUCCGGGAGGAGAUCCUGCACCAGGAAGGUCACAGUAAAGGAGUCCACGACCUCCACUUCCACCCAGACGGAUCUCUGGCCCUCACUGGCGGACUGGACGCCUUCGGACGGCUGUGGGACCUCCGCACUGGGCGCUGCAUCAUGUUCCUGGAAGGACAUCUGAAGGAGAUCUACAGCGUCUGCUUCUCUCCUAACGGUUGGCAUGCGGCUACAGGAAGUGGUGAUCACACCUGCAAAGUGUGGGACCUGCGCACCCGGAAGUGCAUCUACACAAUCGCCGCCCACCAGAACCUACUGUCCUCUGUUCGAUUCCAGCCCACCGACGGUCACUUCCUGUUGACGGGCGCCUAUGACAACACAGCAAAGGCCUGGAGUCAUCCUGGUUGGUCGCCUAUGAAGACCCUGGCAGGACACGAGGGAAAGGUGAUGGGCGUGGACAUUUCCCCUGAUGGUGGGCUGAUCGCAACCUGUUCCUACGACCGGACCUUUAAACUCUGGCUCUCAGAGUAACACAUUUCACACUCACUUAUCAUUACUACAGAUUAAAAAAAAAAGUUUUUACAUUUUUCUUUCAAUGUAUCAUUUUAUUUUUCUCCUUUUUUACAAAUAAAGAAAUACAAACUUAAA